CCAUUUGUGAUUACCAGGGAUUUGUGUACGGAUGUAUUACGGAGCCCGUUAUGUCUGUAGUAGAACAAUAAAGAAGACGCUAGCGAUGGCACGUGACGCCACAGAGGCUUUGUUUGCAAACAUUUAGAUAUUAAGCAUACCAUGUAAACUGGCAGACAUACAAUUGAUAAAUAAUUCAAGAUAAAGGACUACAGGCAGACGCGCGCGCUGUUGAAAGUUUCAUCGAUCUGCGCGCUCUCGCCGCGUGAUGCUGAGUUGAGUUCGCGGGGGUCUCGCGGAACGACGCGAAUACUCCGUAACGGUUUCUCAGCGGAUGUACGUUACUUUUACAUUUCUGUCGUGAGCGGAGUUCAUUUCGGAGCUGUAGUCUGAAAUGUGAGCCCGUUACCGGAUUCCGGAGCUGUGUAAAGCACAAUGACAGCUUGGUUCGUGUUUGAGGAGGAGUCAGCGGUCUCAUUUCUGAGGUCAUUACAGUGCUGAAUUCACAGUGCAGCCCACAGAUGCAUUAGAAAACAAACUUCAUCACCAGAAGGCUUGGAGACGAAGCACUUCUGUUCAUGGAGGGACGCUGGACCCUGCUGCCGUUUCUGGGGGCGUACCUGGUCCUCCUUGGCUUGAUUACAGGCCAAGGCAUCUACACUAACACGUGGGCCAUCCACAUUGAAGGGGGAGCCGAGGAGGCUGAGAGGAUUGCACACAAACAUGGUUUCAUCAGUCACGGGCAGGUUUUCGGGGAUUAUUAUCAUUUCCAGCACAGGGGUGUCGUGAGGAGGUCUUUGUCCGGCCAUCGCGGGGUUCAUGUCCGACUGCACACCGAGCCACAGGUGAUUUGGGCAGAGCAGCAGAUUGCCAAGCGAAGACACAAGAGAGACAUUCAUAUUGAACCCACAGAUCCAAAAUUCCCCCAGCAGUGGUACCUGUACAACCCCAGUCAUGGAGACCUGAAUGUGAAGGAGGCCUGGGCUCAGGGCUUCACAGGAAGAGGAGUGGUCGUGACCAUUCUAGAUGACGGUGUUGAGAAAGAUCACCCCGAUCUAGCGAGAAACUAUGAUCCUGAUGCCAGUUAUGAUGUGAAUGACAGAGAUCCGGACCCUCAGCCCAGAUACACACAGCUGAAUGACAACAGACACGGGACACGUUGUGCCGGGGAGGUGGCGGCAGCAGCAAACAAUGGCAUCUGUGGAGUGGGUGUGGCCUACAAUGCCAAAAUCGGAGGUGUGCGGAUGUUGGACGGAGAGGUAACAGAUGUUGUGGAGGCUCAGUCUCUGAGCUUGAACUCUCAGCACAUCCACAUUUACAGUGCCAGCUGGGGCCCAGAGGAUGAUGGGAAGACUGUGGAUGGCCCUGCUAAACUGGCCAAAGAAGCUUUCCUGCAGGGGGUUACUGAGGGUCGAGGUGGCCUGGGCUCUAUCUUCGUGUGGGCAUCGGGUAAUGGAGGCCGAGAGCGGGACAGCUGCAACUGUGACGGAUACACCAACAGUAUCUACACGCUCUCCAUCAGCAGCACCACACAGUAUGGCAAUGUGCCGUGGUACAGUGAGGCCUGUUCCUCCACCCUCGCCACCACCUAUAGCAGCGGAAACCUCAACGAGAAACAGAUUGUGACGACGGACCUGAGGAAGAAGUGUACAGACUCACACACGGGCACAUCCGCCUCGGCUCCCCUGGCCGCGGGAAUCAUCGCUCUCGCUCUGGAGGCCAACAUGAACCUGACCUGGAGAGACAUGCAGCAUCUCGUUGUGCGAACCUCACGUCCCGCCCAUCUAAUAACCAAUGACUGGAGGACCAAUGGCGUGGGGCGAUUAGUGAGCCAUUCUUAUGGCUAUGGUCUGCUGGAUGCUAGUACCAUGGUCGCUUUGGCCCAGAACUGGAGCAGCGUGGGGCCGCAGCACAAAUGUGUCAUUAAUAUGCUGACUGAGCCCAGGGACAUAAGAAACCACCUGAUCUUCAGAAGAAGUCUAGAGGCCUGCUCUGGGCAGCCAGAUUUUGUGAGCUCUUUGGAGCAUGUGCAGGCCAGACUCACCCUCACCUAUAACCACAGAGGAAACCUGGCUGUUCACCUCAUCAGCCCACUGGGAACUCGCUCCACGCUGCUGGCUCCACGGCCUCAGGAUAACUCAGCCGAAGGGUUCAACGACUGGGCAUUCAUGACCACUCACUCCUGGGACGAGGACCCUCGGGGAGAAUGGACGCUGGAGAUUGAGAAUGUGGCUGGACUUGAUGAUUAUGGCGUUCUUUCUCAGUUCACCCUCAUCUUAUACGGCACCGGCUCCAGUGCCACAGAUCCGUCCAUUUCUGAUUACACCCGGCCUUCAAAUAACAGCUGCAAAACCUUUGACGCCCAGCAGAUCUGCAUCGAAUGCAGCACAGGCUUCUCGCUUUUCUUGCAAGGCUGCGUGAAGUCCUGCCCGCCCGGCUUCAGUUCGGGGCUGCAGGUGCUCAACUUGUCGUUGGACAAUUGGGUGGAGCACUCUACCGUACAGGCGUGCCUGCCCUGCCACCCGUCCUGCCUGACGUGCUUCGGGUCCGGGGAGAUUGAAUGUCUUUCCUGUCCCUCCCACAGUCACUUAGUGGUCACUUCUUGUUUGCACCAGAACCAGCGAAAAUUGCCCAGCAUUCCUGUGCUCCAGCACAAGGUGGAUCCCAACUCGGAUAAAUCCUUGCCCGAGCCCGGCUUAUCCUCGAGAUUGCCAGCGCUGGUGGCGGUGCUCAGCUGUGCCUUCAUCCUGGCCACUUUUGCAGCUGUUUUCGUGCUGCUUCAGCUGCACUCCGGAGCAGCCAGUGCCCCGUUCUGCCGGAGGAAGAAACUGCCGGUGAUUGACACGGGCGGAGGGGGGAUACGAGUGGGCUUCGGGUUCGGACUCGGCCGGGGAAAAGUGUCGUACCGGGGGAUCCCCACUGUGUGGGGGGACGAGGAUACGGCGGGAGGAAUGAACUCUGAGUCAGACAGCGAAGAGCUGGAGUAUCACAGCGAAAAGACUGCUUUUAUACGGACUCAGAGUGCUCUUUAGCGCCCCGCGUAGGUGUUUUUUUAACAUCUGUCUUCCUUGUAUUAGGAUACAGAACUAGUCUGCACUACUCAGACUUAUAGAUCCACAGUGACGUUUAUGUGUGUGUCUGUGUGUGUGUGUGUGUGUGUGUGUGUGUGUGUGUGUGUGUGUGUGUGUGAGAGAGAGAGAGAGAGAGAGAGAGAAUGCCUUAAUGAGUUAUAAUAGUGCAGUUGCGGUUUGACGAGUUUGACCCGAAUGCGAUUAUACCCAGGACAUCUCGGCUGCGCUGAAUGAUUCCCUUUAUUUUAACUUUUAUUCAUCUUAGUGGUCUAGCUCUAAUGCCCUGAGAUUUGAACCACUAAACAGGAUCAAUACCAUCUGUGUGUGUGUGUGUGUGUGUAUGUGUGUUUGAGCGCGUGAAGGCUUUGAGUAACUUUGAGUGACUUUGUAACACAACAAAAGGGCUGUAAUUUGUUCCAGUCAACUUUUAUUAAAAGUUCAGACUGUUUUAUGCUCAAAACUUCUUGCACUUCUCUAACUUCCAUUGCCGUUACAUCACUCAUCAUUUGUGCGAUAAGUCCUUACACCCUGACAAUAAAGUCUACGUUCUGCUUUCUUUGCUAGUCAAAGGCAGCUCUGGGACAGUUCCACUGAUUCGAUCAGGAAUGAUUUAACUGUGCAUAAUUUCUGUUGCAAUGUUGAUGUAGCAACAGCAUCAGCAAAGUGAACCAUAACAGCAUGGAAUUAGAUAACACGCAAACCUCUGCCUGCUUAGAGCCUCCGGCACGGAUUCAGAACAGUGGGAAUCACAGACAAACAAACGAUCGAAAUGCUUAAACUGAAACACAGCUCGAUGUAGAGAUCUUAUCUGUCAGUCAAGCAAGAUACAGUACCGUCUUAGGUUGAUUUGAGGAGCUCACGAUCAGACACAUCUUGAUAAACAACAAAUUUAUUUUUUUGUCAUAAAAAUGACUUUUGACUUUACUUUUUUAGAUCAUUUAGGUUCAUUUUGUCUCCUCUGUCUCUGAGCUAAUUAGGAUGUACCUUAACAAAUAGCUCAGUGAUUUUCAAUUAUUGGUUUUCAAUAGUAGUGUUUGAACAAAAAGAAAACUUUGUCCCAGAGGUUAUUUUAUUGAUUUUCACAUCGGAGUUUGACUUCAAAACUUGUCAGUGUUAACACAAAGGAGCUUCAAGAGGAAAUGUGUCAUAUAUUUCUCAAAAGGUCAGAGUCAGCCCUGAGACAUGAAUUCAGCUGCUAUUUGUGGAGCUCUGGUUGGGAUGUUUUUUUGUUUUUUUUAAUAAUCAUGUGACAUUUGAGUGGAACAAAGAUACAAUGGCACUAUAAACCAUACAGUUCAGCUGUUCCAAAAAGCUAGUAUACUGCCUACAUAGGUAGCUACUUUCUAAGACAGCAUGUUAACCGAAAGAGGAGCUCAUAAAUAACAGAUUCGGAGAGCCCUCCAUAGGCAACCACAAAGGCAACUCAACUCAUAAUUGAUUCAAAUAGAAUUGACUAGCAUGCAGCUAAGCUAAUGAUGCAAUACUCUAAUAAGAAUAAAAAUACACACAAAAAUUGGGUUCAUUUUAUAUUGACUUUAUUUUCCAUACUUUAAUAUAUAAUUACAUUAAUGUUUAAAUGUUGUUUUAUUUAAAUUUUAUUCAGUAAGAAUGCAUUCAAAUGAUCAAAAGUGAUAGUAAAGACAUUUAUAAAGUUAUCACCGAUUUCAAACAAAUACUGUUCUUUUAGCUUUGCCAUUAGAGUUAUUUUAAAUUGUCAUAAUUUCACAGUACUGUAUUCAGAAACUUGUUUCAAAAGUAUUACCAACCCAAAACAGUUCAAUCUCAUUCUAUUCACAGCCGAUCCUCCCUAUACACAAAAUACCAGAAAUCUAGGAUUGGCACUGAUUAUAUUAAACUACUUAUUAUACCAUAUUGAACUAUUUAUUAAUUACAUUUAAUUAUCCAUACUAAAUAAAUAGUUCAGUAUAAUUAGAUGUUUAAUUAUAUUUAUCAUCCAUACUUACUGGAGUUUAGUGAAAUGUCAGUAUAUCUUCUGCAUUACCAAAGGUGUCAUCACUUUGUGCUUGAACCACUACAGAAUCAAUAAGCCAUGGAUGAAUUUUUCCACUAAGCUUGUCGCAAUGCAUUUUGGGAUUAGCUCAUACAUGCAGUUUCACACUGAGCGUGAUGCAAAAAAGCGAGGCGAAUCGCCAACGAACGGUGCUUUCGGUGCGAAACGAUUGUUCACCUUCUGCUAAUUCACGACUGCACACUAGGUGGCGCCGACCAGCAAUGCAUUUUUUUUCAUCAUGUAGCGCAUGUAUAUCGUAUGGUCUACAUCGUCCACUGCUCAAUAUACAGCAUUAAAUUAAGAUAAAUAACUUUUGGUUCUUCAUCAGAAACACAAACUAUCCAAAAUGCUUACAAGAAUACAUCUGAAAAUAUAAUUAAAGGUACAAUUAGCAUCAAGCUACAUUCAAAAUGUAUGUAAUUAUUUAAAAGCAUUAUCGAGUGCUUGUAAUAACUGCCGAUUGUGAUCUAAAAUGGAUUUUGAUUCUAUAAUAGGCAGACAUGCACUUGUAUGUUUUAUAAUGGAUUGAACGCUAUCUGCUUGUCAUGUGUCAUAAACAUCCUUUAUUGUUAAAAAAAAAAAAAUACCAUGAGCUACAUAAAAACAUAUACGGAAAAACAAGUCCUCUACUUCUGUGUCUUUACGCUCGUGCACAAUACAGUCUUCUGAGCUUUUAGCACUACAGCGUCGACCUUUUGGGGAGCAGCACUUGCUCUGGCCAUGUGAUAUAAUGCUCAGAUCUUAUUGGACAGCCCGUGUUUUCGAAUGUGCGAAUGUUCGCGGUCUAGUUGGAAGCAUUCAUAGGAAUCUGUUGUUUUAUUCCAGAGCGUCAUCGCGGCUGAUAUUCCUUUCGCUUUUUCGUGCCCAGUGUGGAAAGGCCUUUACAGUGAUGUAUCUUAGAAGGCAGUAUGAUGUUGCUACCAAUCAACGAAACAUGUCUAUGAUGCCUUAAAAUGCAGUAGAUUAGAUGUUAGAUGUAUGCCAUUCUGAGCUAUAUUAGCAUUUUGAAAAACACAAGAAGCAUGAUUCAUUAUAACACAUCUUUCAGCAUUGCAUUAAAGCAUUUGAUAGUUUUGUGUCUGUCAAUACUGCAGUCAUUAAAUUAACUUCAAACAUC